AUGAUAAUGACAAAACGACAGCAAAUUAGUUCUUCAAUGAGCGAGCAAUUUGAGUUUGAUUUACGAUUGAACAUUUUAGUUUCAUGGAGCUUGUGAACGGACUUACGACCCCAAUUACAACAGAGAAGGAAACUACCAAAGGAACCAACGGUACUGAACACCGUGAAGCAACGAUUUCACCAAAUUGCACUGUUACUAACAGCAGUCUCUCAAUACUGUCGGAUUCACAGUGGGAGCUUAGGUAUCAGAUAGACAUGUCUUCGAAGCAACGGAAACAAACCAACAGUGACCUAUAUGGACAAAAAUCCCUUCAGAAUUAUCCCUUAGGGCGAGCUGUGUUGACCGACAUUGACAAGCGGCCGUACAAAUGCGAUGUAUGUGACAAAUCAUUUAAUAAGGAGAGUGUUUUGAACAGACACAGAAAAAUUCAUAGUAAUGAACUACCGCAUAAAUGUGAGAUAUGUGGCAAAGGAUACCUUCGGAAGUCGUAUAUGAAAGAACAUCUGCUAAAUCACUCUGGCGAGCGACCGUAUAAAUGUGAUAUAUGUGACAAAUCAUUUAAACAUCAGCGUGCGCUAACUUUACACAUAAACAAUCACAGUAAUGAACAACCGCAUAAAUGUGAGAUAUGUGGCAAAGGAUUCCUUUACAAGUCUCUGCUUGAGCGACAUGUGUUAACUCAUACUGGUGAGCGGCCGUACCUAUGUGAUAUAUGUGACAAAUCAUUUAAUAAGGAGAGUGUUUUGAACAGACACAGAAAGAUUCACAGUAAUGAACGACACCAUAAGUGCGAGAUAUGUGGCAAUGAAUUCUUUCAUAAGCAUCACCUGAAGAGUCAUAUGGUAACUCACAGUGGCGAGCGACCGUAUAAAUGUAACAUAUGUGACAAAUUAUUUAAACAUCAGAGUACACUAACUUUGCACACAAAAAAUCACAGUAAUGAACAACCGCAUGAAUGUGAGAUAUGUGGCAAAGGAUUCCUUCGGAAGUCGUAUAUGAAAGAACAUAUGCUAACUCACACUGACGAGCGACCGUAUAAAUGUGAAAUAUGUGACAAAUCAUUUAAACAUGAGCGUGCGCUGACUUUUCACAUAAAGAAUCACUGUAAUGAACAACCGCAUAAAUGUGAGAUAUGUGGCAAAGGAUUCCUUCACAAGUAUCUGCUUGUGAAACAUUUUUCAACUCACACUGGCGAGCGGCCGCACAAAUGCGAGAUAUGUGACAAAGGAUUCGUGAAGAUGUCGUGUAUGAAAGAACAUAUGGUAACUCACUCUGGCGAGCGACCGUAUAAAUGUGACAUAUGUGACAAAUCAUUUAAACAUCAGAGUACACUAAGUUUACACACAAAGAAUCACAGUAAUGAACAACCGAAUUAAUGUGAGAUAUGUGGAAAAGGAUUUCUCCAGAAGUAUCUGCUUGAGCAACAUAUCUCGCCAAUAAACGAAAUUUGUUUUUUUUUCACGUUCAA